GUUCCUUCGCUGAUUCAAAACCCAGCUCCACCAUCUCGUGCAACAUUCUGCCAUAGAAUCUGGAUAUGGCAGGUCAUGCAGUGGGCGCCGCGCUCAGUCUUGCAAAGAAGCUCUAUGCAGCUAUUCAGACUGUACCCCAGCUUCGAAGGCAGUGUGCCAACCUUGAGGAGGUGGUUCUCUCCUUGGAGGCGGUCAUUGAGGACCUUGCCAAUGCAGAAGAUGAUCCCAAUGUGCAGGACCUCUUAGGAAAGUUGCAGGAUGCACUUCAAGAAGGCCUGGACAUUGUGCAGCAGGGGGAAGGGAAGGGGCUCCACGAUUGGGCACGCCUUGUUUUCCAGGGAGAAAAUGUGGCAAGGAAAUUGGCUGCUGUUUCGGGCCGCAUAGAGCUGGGCCUAACUAGCCUGCUUCCUGGGAUGAAGGGUCAAAUGGGGAAGAUUAAUAAGGAUGUGGCUGAAGUAAAUGCACAACUCAGGGAGUUGAAGGAGCAACUGAACAGGAUUGCUGAGGCUAUUGACGAGAACAGGGCUGAGAUAUCUGAUCGGGUUCGCAAAGUUGCUGAGAGGGGCGCCAGCAGCAUCGGCGCUCAGCAUAAUGAGGAGCGCAUCAUUGAGCUCCUUGCAGGGAGCAGCAUGGGGACGGUCAGCAUGGUCGGUUUGGAAAAGGAAUGGAAAAAUUUCCGAAGUGAGGCCAUGCUGGGACCAGACCAAAAACAAGUUUGGCUGUCAGAUGCAGACAUGCUGAUAGAGGAUAUCAUGUUCAGGCAUUUGUUGGACAUGGAAAAGCUGCUUAAAGCGACAGAGAAGACGGAGCAAGAGAGCAUGCGGUUGAAGGAGGAGUCCAAAAUGGCAGCGAAGAAUGCUGCAGAGAAUGAGAAACUGAGGAGAAGCUUGGCGCAAGUCAGCAAUGAGUUGAAGGCCGCAACGGAAAGCCCAGGUACCUCUCAGGAGGCACUCAAGGACGCUAAUGUGGAGAUUAACCGUGGCAUGCCGGCCCACAUCUUGGAAAGGAUGCUGAACGAGUUGCACGCCAAAGCAGGCCUGGCAAAGGAGAGCACGAAGUCUGAUCAUGAAAAGGCGGACCAUCUGUACCCUAGGAGCUUUACGUGCCGCAUCUGCUCCUGCACGCUUGAGGACCCAGUCGUUGUGGAGACGGGGUACUCGUUCUGCCAGAAGUGCCUUGAACAGCAUCUGCAAAGUGACACUCCUACGUGCCCAAUCACAAGGAGGCCCAUGAACACCAGCAUUGUCAUUAAAAACAUCGACCUCCAACUUGCGAUCACCAACUGGUGGGAGUGGCUGAGCGACUGGAUCGGUCGUGAGCGCGCCUUGCUCUCAUCUUUGAGGCCCUCCGACCCCCCUCGCUCCAAUACCUCGUCCCCUCGUCAUGAGAGGCAUAUCAACGGUCUUGUUGACGAGGAUGCAUCCAGCGCAGUCGAUGCGGAGGUCACGAAGGACCACGAUGUCGUGAGUGCGCUGUCAAACCUCUCGUUGGACGACGGGCUGAAUGCGAAGGUGGCAAUCGGAGCGGCGCAACUGACCAACCUCCUUCAGGCCCACCCGCAAAAGUGGAAGCAGAUGUGUGGUGCUCAGGCGAUUAAACCUCUGGUUCGCAUCCUCCGCAUGAAAGGCCAGGUCCGGCUUUUCGGGAUAACGGCCCUAGAAGCUAUGAUGGCGGUUGCAGUGCGAGAAGCGUACGAGAACAACAAUGAAGAAGCAGAAAAAGCCUGCGGAGAAAUCAUCGACGAGGCACGCGACAGCUUGCUUGAGCUUCUGUCAGACGAGAGCCCUGCCGUCAGAGCCAAGGCCGCAGAGACAAUUGGACACUGUUUGGAAGUGCAGACGGUCGCGGUCCUGCUGGCAAAGCAAGAGAGACCGGGGCUGAUCACCGGGCUCAUGCAUCUAAGCUUCGCAGAGGAUCUGCACGAGAUGAUGCACGGAGUCCACGGCCCAGCCACGAUCGAAAGCGUGCGCGGCAUCGGCCGCCGCGUGCUUUGCCAGCUGGCAAGAGUCGUCGUCACCAACCAGGCGCAGAGCGCCAAGCCAGCCACGGACCCCGCACCCGAGGACGUCGUCGAUUGCCUCUGGAAGCUCGUCCACGACCCCUUCACGACGAUCGAGGCUUUGCACAUGCUCACGCGGCUCGCUCGCGGGGGCGCGUCCGGCCUUUCCGCGCCGUCGGUUGCGGAGGGCGCGCAUGCAAGGACGGCUCUUCUCACGUACCUGUUGGGGCAGGCCGAGAGCAAUAAGCCGCUCAGAUUGCCUCUGGCGGAGUUCCUCUCCGGUUUGGCGGCGACCACGAGCAAGCCGGGUGACCUGCUUGAGACCGGGGGAGUCGACAAACUGUUGCGCCUCCUCCAAGUUUCCGUGAAGGAGAUUGAAGCUGAACCGGGGGUUGCGGAAGGCUGGGCUUGCUUGUCAUUCUUGGUGGAUGUCCUCGCAACAACCUCUAUGGGGGAAGGGGAAGGGGAGGAGGAGACGCAAGUGAGGUCGGCCGUUGAGAGACGGGAUCUGUCGGUGGCAACUCUUCUGGAGCUAUUGAAACUCACGAUACAACAGUUCGUCCCAAGAGCACGCUUCUUCGAUCUCAGCUCUUCGCUUCAAGACUCCGUCCAAACUUUUCAAAGCUCCGCACUGCGUUGUGUCGGACUCCUCUCGGUUAGCGAGCCAUUUUCGCGCUAUUUCAUCGAAGAGGGAGGAGUCGAGCUCAUUUCCCAGGUCCUCGAGGCGGUCCGCUCGGCCGGCUUGCGCACCCGAGACUGCGCAAAGGCGCUCGCAGGGCUCAUGGUGGCGUGCCCGGUAAAAGCGGAGGCGGCGCUCAAAAACUCCGUUGCGCUUCUGGGACUGUGCAAGAUUCUAGACGGGGGGAAGGGAGACGAGCGACUCGCGGCCCUGGACGUCUUGAAAUGGGUUGAGUCGACCACUAGCGUGGCUGAAAAUCUGGAGCCGGCGUGGCUUUGUCCAGUAGGAGAGGAGUCGGCCAAGUGCCGGGCAGCCGGCGCGAAACUCUUUGACAAGCUUUCGAGUAGCUGGGGUGACCGGGACACAGAUGCGAUCAGUGCAGCUCUUGACUUCCUCGCGGACGCCCACAAGCGCGGUCUUAGAGGCGGUCCCGCGGCGCACAGCGUUUUGCAAGCGGUCAAAACUCUCACCACCAACGUGCAAAACUGCACCGCGUUGUUGGGCGACGAGCACGGGGUAGACGUCCUUGUUCAGGUCGCCAAGCGAUUGAAGAUUCCAACGGCCCAGAUCAUGAUGCAGAUCUGUGAGCGCAUCCCGGACACUGCGGCUGCGGACAGCAGAUUCGUGGCGGCCCUUGUAAGCUUGUUGGACGAUCCGGACGCUCGGAGCUUGGCCGCAGUCGCGCUGGACAAGCUAGCGUCCAGCGCUGCCAGUCUGGGAGGUCUGGCGGGGGGCAGAAACGAGCACGUCACAGUGCUGCUGAAGGCUGUUCCGCUAGCGAGGGCGGAAGACAAGGUCGUGUUGGUGCGCGUUCUCUGGCGGCUGUGCAAAGCGAUCGGGGCGGCUGUUGCUGAGGCGGUUGUGAGCGGCGAGGGGGUAAAGAUCAUGUUCACGGCAGCGGGGACGCUGGAGGCGAGCGGGCGAACCGGAGACGCCGUGGCAUGUCUCGUGGCGAUUUACAACCUGAAGGUCCCGUCGACGGACCUGGGCAGAGAUAUUGUCGCCGCCGGCGCCACCACUUUUCUGGUCAACCUUUUGGAAGCCAGCGUCGACAGAAGUGUAGAGGAUAGGACCGUGCGUUACGCUAUGUACUUCCUGGGGUGCGCUGCAGAUGCGGACCCGGACGCCUGCAUAGACGCAGGACUCGUGAGGGCACUCGGGACGUACCUGGAGAUAACGAAGGGGAAGGAACAGUGCACCCUUGUGGGGAUAGAACUGAUCGCUGCCCUUGUAAGCAGUGAGCGUGCCAAGACGGCUAUUGUCAAAACUAGCGCAGCGGCGCACUGUGCGGACUUGAUGAAAGGAGGCAAGCGGUGCCGGGCGAAAGCGCCGAACAGCCCGUGCGAAGGGGUCUGUGUUGCCGAGGCCACACGGUUAACGGAAGAGCUUGCAAGACCGAGAAGCAAGUCCUCGUGGCGCGGCACACUCGGACGAGUCAGCUCCACGUCUUAGGGCCUACCAUGCAAAAGUCUGGCGGGAUUAGCCAUGCCGGAUAUCUGCAGGCGAUUAUUGGGUCGAGCUUCACGAGGAACUCUCAAAGCAUCGUCGUCAAGUAGCUUUAUUUGACAGUCACAUCAAUCAUAUAUCUAUUCUUGUGUGUCCAUUGAAGGCGUCAAGGUUACAAUCAGUAAUAAGGAUAAAGGAAGGUAGCAAGCUCUAGUUGUACAUGAUAAA